CAAGGUGUGGUGAGUGUCAAGUGGGACUUCGUUAGCUACUCUCAUUGGUUGUUGAAAGGAAAAGGAAAGCUUCACUUCACUUGGUCUCUUGGCUUUGCAGACAUGGGACAGACAGAGACACAAAGAGAGCAGAUAGCUAGUUCUUGAUUAUAGUCCUUUCACUGUGAUAGAGAGUUUGGUACAAAGGAACUUAUUCCAAGCUCCCUCUAGUACAGAACUCAACUUUAGUUCACUAUCUUCUGAAAGCAAUUUCUGGGUGUCUGAGAAUCUCCUGAAAGAUUGAAACUUUGUGGUAUCAGAGAAUCUGCUAAGAACCAAGACCUUUGGUGAAAUUCAACUCUUUGUGCUAGUAUCUUCUUGUUCCUUUCCAACUAUUUUGAGACUCAGUUAUUACAAGCAAUCAUGCUUUCAGCAAAGUCCGAGUCUGAUAUGACUAGCUUAGCUCCAUCAUCACCAUCAAGGUCCCCAAAGGUUCCUGUGUACUAUGUUCAAAGCCCUUCAAGGGACUCACAAGUCUCACAUGAUGGAGACAAGUCCUCCUCAAUGCAGGCCACUCCAAUUUACAAUAAUAGCCCUAUGGAGUCACCCUCCCACCCCUCCUUUGGCCGGCAUUCGAGGAACUCCUCGGCGAGCCGAUUUUCCGGGAUUUUCAGGUCAUCCUCGGGGAGGAAGGGCUGGAGGAAGCAGCACAGGAGCAAUGACAAGGGGUGGCCGGAGUGUAAAGUGAUUAUGGAAGAAGGGGAUUAUGAUGAUCUUGAUAAGGAGUUUUCGAGGCGUAUGCAGAUCUUGAUGGCUCUCUUUGGCUUUGUGGUGUUGUUUACUAUCUUCUGCUUGAUCAUUUGGGGAGCAAGCAAGCCUUUCAAAGCUGAGGUUUUAGUCAAGAGCUUGACAGUUAGCAAUUUCUACGUCGGCGAGGGUACCGACUUUUCAGGGGUUCCAACAAAGAUGCUGACAGUAAAUGGCUCACUAAGAUUCACCGUUCGCAACCCUGCUACAAUUUUUGGUAUUCAUGUUAGCUCCACACCUAUCAAUCUUCUCUAUUCAGACAUUUCUGUUGCAUCUGGUCAGUUAAAGAAAUAUUACCAGCCGAGAAAAAGCUCCCGAACGGUAUCAGUGAUUUUGAAAGGGACAAAGGUUCCUCUGUAUGGUGCCGGAUCAAGUUUGAUGUACUCUUCGACUGGUGCUUUGGCUCCAGUUCCACUGACUCUCAAUUUUGAAAUCAAGUCUCGAGGCUACGUCGUUGGACAUCUAGUGAAAACCAAGCACGUAAAAGCAAUCUCGUGUCCGUUGGUUAUAGAUCCUAAAGUCACCAAACCCCUCAAGUUCAAAAAGAGUUCAUGCACUUAUGACUGAUAUUUAUGUUUAGUAGGACAACUCAAUGAGCAGGAUCAUUGUUCAAGGAAGAACCAUACUUUUGAGAUACCGCAGGACUAGUAGUUUUGAAUUAUAUGCCCGUGUAAUGCAUUUGCAAAUAAAAUGAUGUAAAUAGAGGUUGAACUUGUGUAAAUGUCCGUUACAUGAAAGAUACGGUUUCGUUUCCACAAUAUAUAUUAUAUGGUAAG